CAGGCAGCUGUCCCGCCCCCUCCUGUCCGGCCGCCGCCGCCGCCGCCGCCUGGGGCUUGGUUGAGGUGGACUGCGAGUCCCGGCGGAGUGUGGCGCCGCCGCCGCUGCGCGAAGGGGCAAGCGGGCAGGGAGAAGAAUUCAGUGCUUCGGAGUUUGUCAUUCCAGCAUCAAACUCUUCCUCCUCGUGGCUCCAGCCUGGCGAUGCAACUGUAAGAGAAUGGCAAAGGAGACAACAGCUGGAGGAGAGUAUCUACAGUAUGCUGGAGUCUGCUCGCAGUAAAUAUUUAGCAGAUAAUCACUGAAUUCAGUGGAAACCAGUUUUUGUAGGUGAAAAGGAACGAACUUUUCUUCCAGAGACUACAAAGCAGAUUUUUUUUUUCACAUUUGAGUGCCUCCAAAUACUAGUAUUUGUUACACGUUGCUUUUUCUGGAAGGAAACUUCAGGAUAUGGCACCUGUGAGUCAGAAAAUGGGUAAGAAGAGUCGAGUAAAAACGCAGAAAUCAGGCACUGGUGCUACAGCAAGCGUGUCCCCGAAGGAAACCUUGAACCUAACUAGUGAGCUGUUGCAGAAAUGCAGUAGUCCUGCCCCUGGCCCAGGAAAAGAAUGGGAAGAGUAUGUGCAGAUCCGGUCUCUAGUUGAGAAAAUACGAAAAAAACAGAAAGGUCUGUCUGUUACUUUUGAUGGAAAAAGAGAAGAUUACUUUCCUGAUCUAAUGAAAUGGGCCUCUGAAAAUGGAGCCUCUGUUGAGGGUUUUGAAAUGGUGAACUUCAAAGAAGAGGGCUUCGGUCUGAGAGCAACAAGAGAUAUCAAGGCAGAAGAAUUAUUUUUAUGGGUUCCACGAAAAUUACUAAUGACUGUUGAAUCUGCUAAAAAUUCAGUGCUGGGGCCCUUGUAUUCUCAAGACCGAAUUCUUCAAGCCAUGGGAAACAUCACACUAGCCUUUCAUCUGCUGUGUGAGCGAGCCGACCCUAACUCUUUCUGGCAACCCUACAUUCAGACCCUCCCCAGCGAAUACGACACCCCUCUCUACUUCGAAGAGGAUGAGGUUCGCUACCUUCAGUCCACACAGGCCAUACAUGACGUCUUCAGCCAGUAUAAGAACACAGCGCGGCAGUACGCCUACUUCUAUAAGGUCAUCCAGACCCAUCCUCAUGCCCACAAACUGCCCUUGAAGGAUUCUUUCACUUAUGAGGACUACAGGUGGGCGGUCUCUUCCGUCAUGACUCGACAAAACCAGAUCCCCACGGAGGAUGGUUCCCGGGUGACCCUGGCACUGAUUCCUCUGUGGGACAUGUGCAAUCACACCAAUGGCCUGAUCACCACCGGCUACAACCUGGAGGACGACCGCUGUGAAUGCGUAGCCCUGCAGGACUUCCGGGCCGGAGAGCAGAUUUACAUUUUUUAUGGCACUCGGUCAAAUGCAGAGUUUGUGAUCCACAGUGGUUUUUUCUUUGACAAUAAUUCACACGACAGAGUGAAAAUAAAGCUUGGAGUGAGUAAAAGUGACAGGCUGUACGCCAUGAAGGCCGAGGUCCUGGCUCGCGCUGGCAUCCCAACCUCCAGCGUCUUUGCAUUGCAUUUUACGGAGCCACCCAUCUCUGCCCAACUUCUGGCUUUUCUCCGAGUCUUCUGCAUGACCGAAGAAGAAUUGAAAGAACAUUUGCUGGGAGAUAAUGCCAUUGACAGAAUCUUCACCUUGGGGAACUCUGAGUAUCCUGUUAGCUGGGACAAUGAGGUCAAACUGUGGACAUUUCUUGAAGAUCGAGCCUCACUUCUUUUAAAAACAUAUAAAACAACCACUGAGGAAGAUAAGUCCUUCUUGAAAAACCAUGCCCUUUCCGUUCGUGCCACGAUGGCCGUCAAGUUGCGCUUAGGUGAGAAAGAGAUUUUGGAAAAAGCGGUCAAGAGCGCGGCCGCGAACCGAGAGCACUGCCGCAGGCAGGUGGAGGGGCACGCCCCGCUCCCCAAGUACGAGGAGAGUAACCCGGGGCUGCUGGAGGGCGUGGCGGACUCGCGGCUGCCCCUGGUCCUCAGGGACCCGGAGGGGGAGGCCGGCGCACAGGAGGCCUUGACCCUCACUGAGGCUGUCCGCAGGGCAAAGGCUGCAGAGCACGGGCUGGUCAACGGCGAAAACUCUAUACCCAACGGGACCAGGUCGGAAAAGGAAAGUUUAAAUCAAGAGGAAAGUAAAAGAGCGACUGGAGACGCCAAAGAAUCUUCUUCCGACAGCGCCGAGGAUGUUGGAAAGUAGCUCUGAGUCUGUCGGGGGACCCAGUUUAGCAGAAGUGUAUGAAUGGCCCCGUUUACAUCGCUGUGUUUCCUUGUUCACGGUUUUCUUUCUGCAGAGAGGAAAAUAUGUUUUUGCUGCUUUAUAUAAAAAUGAUUUUUUUAAGUUAUUUAAAAAAUCUAGCUUCCCUUUCUGAUUAAGAUUGCCAUCUUGCUUCUUGGCCAAACAAACAAGUUAUCAAGCAGAGCACAGAGGGGGAAGAGGUGCCUCGGAAGAUUUUGCAGACCCAUUGCGGGCAAAUGUAUUUUCUUCCUGGGGAAGAAUUCAGUUCCUCUGUCAGCUGUGCUUUUGUGGGCCUGUCAUCUUGACAGCCAGAAUCAAAGCCUGCCCUGCCUCCUGCCAACGGGGCUUGACAGUGGCGCUCUGGGGGUGCAGUGCGAAGGUGAGGCAUUUGGCUGCACAGCGGAAAACAGGCUUGAGGUGAGGAAACUUGAGAGGCUGGGCAAAAAAAAAAAAAAUUUUUUUCCUAAAAAAAAUAACACCCCAGUACCAAAAGAAAAGGUAAGGUGGCAACCUUAUUUUUAAUAGUUUUAAAUGUUGAUGAUAAUCCUAAUUAUGUAAACACACCCACACACACAGACACACACACACACACACACACAUAUCUAGUGAUUUCUAAAGAUUUGUUUACUUUUUGUGUUUUGUUUUACCGUAUUGAGAACUUGUCCUUUCUCCUUGAAUCCAAGUAGGACAUGCAUCCUCCUCCUAAUUUUAAAUGUUGGCUCUGGUUGUAAAGUGGUGCGUUUGCCCUCCAGCCCUGGCGCCGGAGAGCUUGCGAGGGCACCAUGUUCAAGGCAAGGCCGCUCCUGGCUUCUCUGGUUGUCACAACAAGCUAGAGAUUUUCAAAGCUACACUUUUGAGUAAAAAGCCUUAUUAAAAGGAAAACGUAAUUAA